AUGGAGCAAUACUUAAAGUACGUGAGUCCGAUGCGUCCGGUGUCAGCGCAUCGUGGUCAUCCGCCAAGGAAUCGACGAUCGAGAAAGUGUGCGGGAUGCUGUUCGAAAUGCCAGUUGUUCGUUUCGUAUUUGCUUGUGGUAAGCAAGUGGCACCACACGUGGCUGUCCCCUUUUUCGGAAAAGUAGAUUUUUUAGUCAAAAUUGGUAAAUAAUCAUGUUUUUUGAACGAAUUCCCCCAAAGUUCCACAGGAUAAAUAUCGAUUUUUGUAAUUUUCAGAUUGUUGGAAUACUUUUCCUCGCCCUUGCUUCGUGGCUCUUCUUCUUCCGUGGUGACCUCGUCCCUCUCAUCCACAGUCAUUUCUACGUGAACUGUGUCCAUUUGGCCGUCGCCUGCGGAUUCUUCAACAUCAUUAUUGGAUUCUUGGUUCAUUCUGCUGUCAACAACCGUUGCGCACUGGUCUUUGUAAGUAUCUCAUCAUUUUUCUUUCUGGAAACUUGAAUCUUUCAGUAUCUCCUGAUUCUAAUUUUCUCCGUGAUCCUCGAAGGAUGCCUGGUGUACUUCACAUUCUCCUACCAUGCCACGUACAUUCAAGAGUUGGAAGUCUCGCUUCCGAAUGAUAUUCUCAACAACUAUGGACAUGACGAUCAAAUUACUGCUGCUGUGAAUUUCAUGCAAAGAGAUGUAAGGAGGAUUAAUUGGAAAGUCUCAAAGUACACUUUUUCCAGGGAAAAUGCUGCGGAUCCAAUGCAUUUAACGAUUGGCCGAAGCCUGAGGUCGAGGAUCACUAUCUACCGUAUGUUAAGGUACGUUUGAGUUAAUUUCACUUCCUCAUCCUGAAACUUAUCCGGGUUCAGACGGUUCAUCAACGCAUCCAGUACGUACCGGACUCGUGCUGCAAAGGAACGCAUCAGCGGAAAGGGUGUGCUUUAAGCGAUAGUCCGAAUAAUAUUUUCUAUAAGGUAAGUCAGGUGAACUGGAACUGGUCUCAUAAUUGAGCUUCUGAUCACGGAAGUGAAAGUCGGAGCACAAUUUCUGUUUUCAGGGUUGUUUGCCGUUCUUGAAAGAGGAAGUCUACAACAACCUCAACUUCCUGUUCACAGUCGCCGGCGCCUCUCUGCUCCUCCACAUCUUCAACCUGUUCUUCGGAUGUUGUGCGUGCUUCAAGAAUGACGACGAUGAGGAGGAUGAUCCAUUCAAGGACUACGAUCAGGAAAUGCAUUUGUUUGACUAA